UCUCUCUCCCCCUGCAGACAGACAGCUGGGCUCAACCAGUCCUCUAGCAUGGGGCAUGGAAGGGGGAUGGUCCAUCAUGGGACAUGGUGUCAAGUUUUCUGGGAAAAGGACAAGCGUUCACCAUGCAGUCCUGUGCCAGGUGUGGGUUUGUGGUCUACCCAGCUGAGAAGAUCAACUGCAUUGACCAGAACUGGCACAAAGCAUGUUUUCACUGCGAUGUCUGUAAGAUGGUUCUCACCGCCAAUAACUUUGUCAGCCACAAGAAGAGGCCAUACUGCUCUGUACACAACCCAAGAAACAACACAUUCACAAGCGUCUAUGAGACCCCCAUCAACAUCAACGCAAAGAAGCAGAGCAAGGCGAGCAGCGAGCUGAAGUAUCGCGAAGAUGGUGAGCGCUUUAUGUCCACCUUCCACUAUGACAUGAGGUCCAUGGAGCUGCAGAAGGCUCUCCUAGCCAAACAGAUGGCCAGCCAGGCUUUUCAGUCUCAGUCUGAGUUCUCACAGCAGACAUGCAUGGUGUAUUCAGGCACGGUGACCAACCAGGAGAUAGUAACAAUGUCUCAGGCGCAGAAGGCCAUCAGUGACGUGAAGUACACAGAGGAGUAUGAGCAGUCAAAAGGAAAAGGCAGCUUCCCUGCCAUGAUCACACCAGGUUACCAGGCCGCUAAGAAAGCCAAUACUUUAGCCAGUAAUCUGGAAUAUAAAAAAGGACACGAGGAGAGAGUUUCAAAGUACACGACGUUCGUUGACCCCCCUGAGGUGCUUCUGGCCAAGAAACAAGGACAAAUUGUGAGCGAUUACGCCUAUACAGAGGAAUAUGAGCAGCAGAGAGGUAAAGGCAGUUUCCCUGCACAUAUUACACCUGGAUACAAGAUGUCAAAGAAGGCCACUGAGCAGGCCAGUGAUAUAAAGUAUCGUCAGAUGUAUGAACAGGAGAUUAAGGGUAAAGCCAGCUCUGAGGUUGCAGUAACUGAAGCAGCUCACGCCAGGGAAAAUGCAGAGAACUUCAGUCAGAUUGCAUAUACUGAAGAGUAUGAGCAGCAGAGAGGCAAAGGAAGCUUCCCUGCAAUGAUCACUCCUAGUUAUUAUCUGGCGAAAAAGGCACAGGAAAACGCAAGUGAUCUAAAGUACAGAAAGGACUUAAACAAGAUGAAGGGCACCUCGCACUUCCACAGUCUGACAUCUGAAGACAACCUGGCUCUGAAGAAUGCCCGAAAGAUCAACAAAAUUGUCAGCGAGGUGGAGUAUAAGAAAGACUUGGAGAACACCAAAGGUCACAGCAUUAAUUUCUGUGAGACACCUCAGUUUCAAAACGCCGCUAAAGUUGCCAAGUUCACUAGUGAUAACAAAUACAAAGAGAAAUACACAAGCAAUAUGAAGGGCCACUAUGAAGACUCUGGAAUUGAUAAGAAGACCAUGCAUGCCAUGAAAGCCAGGAAGCUGGCGAGUGAUAUUUCUUACAAACAAGGCUGUGAACAGGAGCCGGGUGAAUACAACUACCCAGCCACCCUCACACCAGGUUACCAAAGCCAAAAGAAACUGGACCCACUGAAAGAUAAGAACUACAGGCAACAUAUCGACCAGGUCAAAUACAGUCCGGUGACAGACACGCCUGAGAUUAUUCUAGCAAAGAAAAACGCUCAGCUUGUCAGCAAUCUGAAUUACAAAGCAGGCUAUGAAAAGACUAAGCACCAGUACACGCUGUCCCAGGAUCUGCCUCAAAUCAAAAACGCCAAAGCCAAUGCUGCUUUGUGCAGUGAUAUUAAAUACAAAGAAGAGUGGGAAAAGACCAAGUCAAAAGCCUGCGACAUCGGCGUGGACGACCUGAGUGUCAAAGCUGCCAGAGCCUCCCGAGACCUCGCCAGUGACAUUAAAUACAAAGAGAUCUACAUGAAGAACAAGGAGAAGGCAGUGGGGGUCAACGUGAGCGACUCCAAGACUCUUCACUCUCUUCAAGUGGCCAAGAUGAGCAGUGACAUUGAGUACAAGAAGGGUUCCAAGGAGAGCCAGGCCCAGUACACCCUUCCCAGGGACAUGAUCAACCUGAGCCACGCCAAAAAGGCUCAGGCGCUCGCCAGUGACCUGGAAUAUCGCACGAAACUGCACGACUACACAGUCAUGCCGGAUGACAUCAAGGUCCAGCAGGCCAAAAAAGCUUAUUCCCUACAAAGUGAGAACCAGUAUCGUUCAGACCUGAACUGGAUGAAGGGAGUGGGCUGGGAGACUGAAGGAUGUCUGAACAUAACCCAGGCCAAGAAAGCUGGAGAGCUGCUUAGUGAUACCAAAUACCGUCAGAAGGCAGACCAAAUCAAGUUCACCCAGGUGGCGGAUGAUCUCUCCAUCAAACAUGCCAAGAAGAGCCAGGAGCUGCAGAGCGAUCUGGCAUACAAAGCAAACACGGAGCAGAUAAUACACCAGUACACCAUCACAAAGGACGAACCUCUCUUCAGGCAAGCAAAGGCCAACGCUGAGCUUCUCAGUGGGAAAGUGUACAAGAGCAACUGGGAGAAGCAGAGGGAAAAGGGCUUUGAGCUGCGUUUGGACUCUCUCUCUAUCCUCACUGCCAAAGCUAAGAGGGACCUGGCCAGUGAUGUCAAAUACAAGGAGAAGUAUGAGAAAAACAAAGGCAAGGUCAUUGGCAUUAAGUCAGUCAGUGACGACUCUCAGAUGGCCCACUCUGCUCUGGCCACCAGACUGCAGAGCGACCGCCACUACAAGAAGAACUACGAGGACACAAAGGCCAAAUACAGUGUUUCUCUGGAUAUGCUGAACAUCAGCCACGCCAAGAAGGCUCAAGACCUGGCAACCGAGACCAAAUACAGGACUUUCCUCCAUGAGUACACUACACUGCCGACUGACAUGAAUGUGGCCUGGGCAAAGAAGGCCUAUGGAUUACAGAGCGAUAAACAGUACAGGUCAGAUCUGAACUGGAUGAAGGGCGUCGGCUGGGAGGCCUCAAAGUCUCUGGACGUCCAGCAGGCAAAGAAAGCUGGAGAGCUCGUCAGCGAGAAAAAAUACCGUCAGGAUGUCAGCGCUCUCAAGUUUACCAGUGUUGAAAACACUCCAGAGAUGGUCCAAGCCAAACUCAGCAACAAACUGGCCAUUGAUAGGUUGUAUAGAGAGAAGGGUGAAAACAUGAAGCACAACUACACACUCAGUGAAGAGCUGCCUGAGUUGGUGCAGGCCAAGCUCAAUGCUAUGAACAUCAGUGAGAGCCGUUACAAGGAAUCUUGGACUAAGUUACGUGACGGUGGUUACAAGCUGCGUCUGGAUGCCAUUCCUUUCCAGUCUGCCAAAGCAUCCGCAGAGAUCCUCAGCGAUCAAAAAUACAGAGAGGAAUUUGAGAAGACUAAAGGGAAGAUGAUCGGACUGAAGGGACUGCAGGAUGACUUGAACAUUGCUCACUCGGUCCACGCCAGCAAACUACAAAGUGACAUUAAAUACAGGCAGGAUUCAGCGAAGCAGCUCUCGAAGUUCCACCUGCCCAUGGACAUGAUGGAGGUCGCCCACGCCAAAAAGGCCCAGUCGCUGGUCAGUGACCAGGACUAUAGGCUCACCCUGCACCAGUACACCUCACUGCCUGACGACAUGAAGGUGCAGGCGGCCAAGAGAGCGUACGCUCUGCAGAGCGAGAAAGUGUAUCGCUCCGACCUGAACUACCUGCGUGGUGCAGCGUGGAUUGCCACCGGGGCUCUGCAGAUCGAAGGCUCUAAGAGGGCCACAGAUCUCAUCAGUGACAAAAAGUACCGCCAGCAGCCAUACAACUUCAAGCACACCUCUGUCGCUGACUCGCCAGAUAUCGUCCACGCCAAACUCAGUGGACAAAUCACAAAUGAACGUUUGUACAAAGAGAAAGGGGUGAAUGACCAACACAACUACACUAUAACAUCUGAGAGACCAGAGAUUACACAAGCAAAGAUCAAUGCAGCCAACUUUAGUGAGAUCAAGUACAGAGAGUCCUGGCACACCCUGAGGGCUCAAGGCUACAAACUCACCAUGCAGGACAUCCCCUUCCAGGCUGCCAAGAGCUCCACAGGCAUCGCCAGUGAUUACAAAUACAAACACAACCACCUGCUGGACAAAGGAAAACACAUUGGUGUCAAAAGCGUCUUGGACGACCCACUUCUCCUGCACUGCCUGCAGGCGGGCCGCCUGGCCAGCGACCAGGAGUACCGCAAGGACGCGCUGACGGCCAGCGGCCAGUACCACCUGACCCCGGACAUGAUUCACCUGGUGACGGCUAAGAACGCCCAGGCCCUGGCCAGCGAUCAGGACUACAGGAAGAGGCUGCACGAGUACACGGUGCUCCCCGAUGACAUGAAGGUCAAAUGGGCCAAAAAGGCUUAUGACCUGCAGAGUGAGAAACUCUACAAGUCAGACCUCAAUUUCAUGAAAGGAGUGGCCUGGGACGGUGUGGGUGCACCUCAGCUGGAGUCGGCCAAGAAGGCUGGAGAACUUAUAAGUGAUAAGAGGUAUCGUCAGCUGCCUGACCGUCUGAAGUUCACCUCAGUGCCUGACUCUCCUGAUAUCGUCCAUGCCAAGACGAGCUAUCAACAGUGCAGUGAGAGGCUGUACAAAUCUGGGAAGAACAAUGACAUGCAUAAGUACACCUUACACCCAGAUGAUCCAGACUUUGUUAGAGCCAAGAUUAAUGCCCAGCAGAUUAGUGAUAAAGUUUACAAGGCGUCUGGGGAGCAGGUGAAGACACUGGGCUACGACCUGAGGCUGGACGCUAUUCCCUUCCAGACUGCCAAGGCCUCCAGAGAAAUUGCCAGUGAUCUCCAUUACAAGGAGUCCCAUCUGAAAGAGAAGGGCCAGCAGGUGGGGCUGCGCUGCGUGGAGGACGACCCCAAGAUGGUGCACUCUCUGGCAGCCAGCAAACUCCAGAGCAACCUGGAGUACAAACGUCAGUCCAAGGAGGAUCGCGCGCACUACAAAAUCCACGCUGACCAGCCCGAGUUCCUGCAGGCCAAGAAGAGUCAGGCUCAGGCCAGUGACCUCACCUACCGCCAAAAGCUCCACGACUACACCUGCGACCCCGAGCAGCUCAAUGUCAAGCACGCCAAGCAGGCCUACAAGCUGCAGAGCGACGUGAACUACAAAUCAGACCUGAACUGGAUCAGAGGAGUGGGCUGGACCCCUCCAGGCUCCCACAAGGCCGAGCUCGCCCGCCGUGCCGCAGAGCUGGGACUGGCCGAGGGAGUUAGCACAGAGGAGGCUAUCGCAAAGUACCAACACAUGAUGAUGCUGCAUCACCAGCAGCAGAUGGAGGAGCAGCAGCAGCAGCAGCAACAGCAAACGUCGGAGCAGGUGGAGACGAGCGAGGAGAUUCACCAAGGCGUCAACAUGGACGCCAUGGAGGUCCUUCACGUCAAGAGGAAGAAGACCAUUCAGACCGUCCAGAAAAAGUCCACCACCACAACCUCAUUCAGGUCCAUGGAGAAGAAGUCCAGCACCAGCUCUUCUUCCUCCUCUUCGGCUGCCCUCCAGAACUCAGUCAGGACGUCUAUGUCCAGCAAAGCUCCCGCAAUAGAAGACGCAUAGAUCAUUUUUAUAGAUGAUAGUGUUUAGAGAUUGUUAAAGAUGGCCACUUUAAGAAAGGUGAGGCGAACUUUUACUGAGUGGUUGACUUUCCAGGUGGUGUUUUUGGUAUCUAUUUUGAUUAAAUGACUGUUGUAGUUCAGUUACAUGAGAUGAUACACCAUUGUCAAACAGAGCUACUGUAGGGGCACAAAUGAACUGUAAAAUAUAGUUUAAAUGAUAAAGAAGGGAUUAAGCAUGUUGAACCAAGACAGGACUUGUCAUGUUUGUUAAAAGGAUUGUCAAAGUAUGUUGUGCACAAAGGGAAUUCAGGAAAAAAAAACAACUUUAUUUUCAACUUGAAUGCAAGUGUUUCUAAAGCAAAAACUGAAUUCAGACUGUUGUAGGAUAAAAGUAAUACUGUACGAAAUGCUGGAUGAAGACUUUGCAUUUGGUUUUGUAUACCGAGUGUGUUCAGAAGAUAGACAGCUGGACCAGAGAUUGCUGUACGGCCAGCUCUUCAGAGGAUUUUUUCAUCAUUUGCGUUUUUUUAUCUUUAGAGAACACGCGCUGUAAGUUCAAAAUGAACGAGGCACAGACAGAACCUUGUUGCAGCCGUGCAAAACAUGCUGUUUCCUCACGAGGUCUGAUAAUAAGGUGCACUUUGAGCUAGGCUCAGUGAGAGAGAAGUGUAGGCUUACUGAAAUGACGUGUCUGGCAGGUUCAGCUUUGUAACGGUGCCUCUUUUAACUCAAAGCUGGGCUCGGAGUAAAUGCUUUGGUUUUAUCGCUGAUGAAAUAAACAGGUUUUUGUUUUCUUUUUUCAAGGCAAA